GUUCAUUGCGUUGUGCAUGUUGCAGUUGCAGUGCAGUGUGCAGACUCGCAGACCUGAAUUCACUUUCUAGAUUCUACUGCCAUCCAAAAUUUCGAGUUUGUUUCUGCUCGUUCAAACGUGGUACUAUCGCUGUUUUGUUAACAUUAAAGUCAACUGCCAGAGUUAUGGACGCCAUGUCCGAUUCGACGACUGUGUUGGCAUCUUCCGAGGAUGAAGAUGAGAAGGGAACAUCCUCGGAAGAGGACAAGGGAAUCUCGGAACGUGAGUCGAUCUGCGCUUCGCCAACCGAUACCGUCGACCGAGCAUCAAACAGCGAUUACGGUUCGACGGGUUCCUCAUCUGCCCAGUCGUCGCCAGAGAGCAGCCGCUUGAAGCCAGAGCCUCUCCCGGCCAUACAGGAGAACCCACUUCCGAAAAAGCUGCGCGAUUUUGAGGAGAUCACUGCAAAAUACUCGGCAGAUGCGAAACAGAAAUUCUGCGCGGCGACGCAGCGUCCUGAUUACGAGGCGACGCAGAUGGCGCUCAGCAUCCCCGACAAGAUCCUCGUUCGCCACUCGCCAGCAACGGGCAUCCACCACGUGCUGGUCAUGGGCAGUGUCGAUUUCAUGAUGGACCCGUUGCCGUGUCCCUUCGCCGAGAAAGAGACGGCCUGCCGCGGCUUCUUGGCAAGGACCCCGCACUUUCUGCAGGUGCACCUGCGCACCAAGCACCCCCUGCCGAACGCCCUGCUCAACUUCGUGUGCCCGUGUCCGGCCCAGUACAACGGCGGUCAGACUUGUAAGGUGGCCACCUACGAUCCGGGCGACAUGAACAUGGUGCCGCAUCUGCGCAAGUAUCACGCCAAAUACUACGCCACGAUGUGCGCCGCCUUGGAGCCGGUCGAAGCCGACGAAGAUCCCGAACGGGUGCAGAAGCGUCUCAACUACCGGACGCGCGCCCGCCGCAUCCCUUUCCCCUUGUGGACCUACAGGAGGGACAUGCUCUUCCCCACCCAGAUCAUUCCCGACAAGAUCGUCAUCCCCACCAGAAUCGAGAAUGGUGAAAUCAAAUACAUCUGCAACGUGGAUCCCUGCAACGACCAACCGAUCGGCGAGGGCGAACCGCGAGCGGCCUUCUGCUUUCACAUCCACAUGUACACCGAGCACCGGAAGAGGUUCAGCAUGUUCACCACCUUCUACCACAAGUGCCCGGGAUGCGAGCGGAUCCUCGUUGCCGCCCAUGAAGAGCUGGAAACGCACGUGAAGGCUAUGCACGAGGAGCUGCUGCAUAAAGGAGCACGCGUCGAAUACUCGGAGGAGGCCAAACAGAAGCUGCAAGCGCUGGGAACAGCAUUCCCUUCCAGUGCAUCGGCGGCGCCCUCACCAACGGUCUGCAGCGGGACGACGGCGCCCCCGGGAGCGGCUCACUCUUCGUGCGGUACUACCGCUGCCCGGUCAAGACGUGCGAGAAAGUGGUGAUGGGCAGCGGCGAGUGUCAGCGCGACUACAUGCUCUGGCACAUCCGCGCCGAGCACCGCGACGUCUGGAAUGUGCCCGCGACGGAGAUCGCGGUCGCUGAAGAGUGAUGCUGGCGCUUGUGUCUCUGCGCUUCCGGACAUGAACUACAUCUGGUCGUCACUCUGUCUUCUGACCAAGACCGUGUUGUUACUAUUGUGGCGAGUUUUCCGUUUGUAAUUUGUACAUGUACUGUUUAUUCUGCUCCGUGCAGGAUCGAGACGAUUCACGAUGGCGAUCGCGUUUCCUAAUUAUUCCUGCAUUACCCGUUAUCGUCAUGACAGCCAUUGAUAAUUAACUGAAAUUUGAAUUUACGGACUCGCAA